GGGGGGGGACGAACCCAAAUCACGGAAGAGAUUCUGCAGUCCUACUAGUUUGGCAAGUCCGCAGGGCUCAAAGCAGCGCAGAAAAAAGGCGGAGGACUGCUCCGAAAGUCACUUUUGGCGCACAUUUUACACAGUUAUCUUCUCCCGCAGACGGAAAACGACAGGGGAGUCAUGGAGGGUGCCAUCCAGGCUGUGGUGAAAACCUUCCUGAAGUCAUCCAAAGGAAAAGAGAGUCUAGGAAAGAAAGAGUUUCAAAACCUCGUCUCAUCCCAGCUCGGCAACAUCCUUUCGGGUGCAGACAGCAAGGAAGCAAUCAACACUAUGAGCCAGGGACUAGACUCUGACUCUGAUGGCAAGGUUGGCUUUGAGGAAUACAUGAAGCUAGUAGGCUACCUGGCCUGCUCGCUCAGUGAGCAGCGUGUCCUCAGCAAAGAGGAACCUGCAGAAAACAAUGCAUCCCAACCAGUGGUGCAAAGCUCCUCUGAUGGCGCAGCAGAGCAACCAAAAGAGAACGCAGAGCCAAAGGGGGAACCAAAACCAAACGAAAACGACGAAACAAAGGCAGAACCAACUGGUGAGGCAAAGGUAGAAGCAAAAGCGGGCACAAACGCUGAGGUAAAGGUAGAAGCAAAAGCGGGCACAAACGCUGAGGUAAAGGUAGAAGCAAAGGCGGAGGGGGAAACCAAGCCAGAGGCAGUUACGGUGGAAGCAGCUGCGUCGGCAGAGGCAGAGGUAAAAGCUACAGAGAAGGAGCCAGAAAAAGCUGAGGAAACACCAAAAGCGGAGGAGCCAACAGAGAAGUCGCCUGCUGCUGCUGAGAAGGACGUAGUGGAGAAGACAGAAGAGGCGUCUUCAUAGGGGACAAUCCACUCCUUCACCUAAAUCACACUACAGAAAUCAACCCUGCAGAGAAACGUAACAUUAAUUCCAAAAUAAUUUGGAAAGCCACUAUUUUUAUAUACAGUAAAAUACAACAGUUUAAACACAACAGAAACACUAUUCUAUAUAUAUGAUUAUGUACAUGACAGUAGCUUUGUACUACUUUUACCACUAUGUUUAUAUGUACAGGAUGUGCAUCCCACUAUAUAGCACAUUUACCUCAUUAUGAUGGUGUACAAUGACAGCAUGCAGUUGUCUACUUUAAUGUGCAUGCAGUAUCCAUGUGAAAGAUUCCCUGAAAACUAUGAUUUUCCUGCACACUUGACUGAAAUAUCUUAACUUACCACUACAAUGCAAAGGCCUUCCAUCCACCCAUGCAUUCUCUAUCUGGGAAUUUUUCACUUUCUGUCACUUUUCCACUAACAGUAGAGCGAAAUGGUUCUUUUGUAAAACUUGGCAGCAAUCACUUUGCCAGGCACGUGUGACUUAAAGGAAUAACGAGACAUUUUGGGAACUUGCUAACCAAAAUUUGCAUCAAAUGAACUUACCAAAUGCUUGAUUCUGAUCAAAUUUAACAUUAAAAAAUAAUAAUCAGGGUAAGAAAAUUAACAGGCACUGGUAAAUCUUACUGAUUACAUUGUGAGCCCUUGUUUUUUAUUUCAUACAAACAAUUUUAUGUUAGCUUCUGAAGCUAAUAGCUGUUUUUCCAUACUAGCUUAGCUUCUUCUAUACCCUGAUAGUAUAUUAUUGUUGUUGUUUAACUUGAAAAUAUCUUUGUAUUUGGUGCACUUAAAUAUGCUUUAUAAAUAUUCAGUAGCUUGACACUAAAUUGAAAGAUACAAACCAGAUUUUAAAGUUAGCUUAUACAUUUAGCAGAAGUGGAAAGACAGAUACAGAAUAGCUACUUUCCGCUUCUCGGAUGGGCUAAUGUCACAUUCAAUUUUACUUGGCAGGUGAAAGUUUUGAGUUUUAGUAAAAUCACAAAUCAACAGGAAUAUUCUUAUUUAGUCAAUUCCACUUCACCACAAACAAACAUGGAACCUAAAUUUGAAUUGUUAGCUUAUUAGAUUAAUAUGAAUGUUGAGGCAGAGCCAUUGCUCCAGUCCUCUGUUAGCAGGGUGUGUUGCAGCAUUUGUACUUUGAAAUAGGCAUUUUGGUGUUUCAAUUUAAGCACAAAUUGAAAAUUUUCUCUUGAUGUUGGAAUUUUUGUCUGAAAAUUCAUGUACUUCUCUCUAAAACUGGCUUAAAAUCCAGCAUAUCUGCAAUAUUAUAAUGUGUAGAUAAUAGUCUGUUUUCUGUACUGGUGCUUUAAAUCCCAUUAUAAGAGUUGUACACAAAUUCCACUUAUUUUUUUACUACUUUGCAGCUAAGUUGGUUAUCUCAAUUUUGACUUUGUUUUUGUCCAAUUUGUCCCUGUAAACAUGUCCAAAUAUUCCUUUAUGGGUUGCACUUAAAUCACUUUUUUGUAUUUUUCUCCAACUUAGUGAUGUGGCUAAUUUAACAACACAAUAAACAAACUAAUUUGUUAAAGUUCUGCAUACUUAUCUUAAUUGUUUUCUCAUUGCCAAAUUUCUUUUCCUCACUUUUUCUUUGUUUGUUGCCUUCAGUGUGUUCCCUUAACUCAGACUCCGACAUUAACUGGGAACUGGAGCGUUGGGUGUGACCUUCGGUUAAAUAAUUAAGUCACUGAGAGGGAAUCUACACCUAAAGGACCAAUAAGGUCAAAAAGGGAGCCCAGAAUAGUCCUGUGGGAGUGGGCUGGGGAUUAGCAGGCCAGGUCAGAAAAGGUACUUGUGCAACUUUAUCCCCCCCGAUACGUGUGGAAAGAAAAACGACUGCAACAAACCACCAAGGAGCCUAAAAACUCAUCUUAUUGGAAAUCUUAGGUAUCUAGUUAUGAAGCUGCAGCAGGUUAUUAGUGACCUGCUUCUUUAAACACUCAGCAGUGCUACAGCCUGACCUUUAUUUUCUAAACUGUUGUUGGUUCGAACUCCAGCUGUUUGUUCUUAUGCUUUGUCGGUCACACCUUUGUGCCUUUUGAACACCCUGCAACGGGAUCCUAAGGGCAUUAGGCAUUGGGAAAUUACUGGAUUAGGGAUUUCACGAGUCACACGCCCAAAGAUGCAAACAAUUGCAUGAAAGUAAUCCUGGAUAUGGGGUUGCUCUUCAUGCCUGCCGGUGGUUGUGCCUCUUUAAAUCAAGGAACAACACCUAAUGUAUCAUAUUCCCUUUUGUCUUAUAAGCCAUUUCACAAUUAUUUUCCACUGCUAAUCAAGUUUUUCUUUCUUCAUUACAUUUAACUUUAAAAUUUAUUAACUCAUCAUUGAACCACUGCAGCGAUUACUUGCCAAAGCACCAAAUUCUGUUCAAUUGUUGCAUUUCCGCAGCUUGUUACUCCUCCACACACUACUAAAACAUUACAGAUUGUUCCCAAUCAGAGCAGGCAGUACUUCAUUCAAGUGCCCAGUGAAAAUGAGAAAGAUAAAUAAGCACAGAUCAUGUGAUCGCCUUGCCUCACUGAGGCACUCCCAUUGUAAAUACUCUCAUUUACACUAACUCGGUGCAACUUUUACGCUCACAGUGCACUUUGCUUCCUGCUGCCUCUAACAAACUUCCUGGACUUUUUUGGUGGUUUUAUUAUAACAUCUUUAUGGAAAUGUCUUCCUUUUUUUAAUGCAUGUUGGUACUUUUUGGGACUGAUCUCAUAAGGGCCUGUGACAGCUCAGUUAAGGUACAUAAGGUGGUUUACCAAAUUGCACAACCACUGGACUCCAGCCUAAUGUGAGCACACUUAGACUCAACAUCUUCUGGGAGAUGAUUUCUAAUCAAUAUUCUUCAUUUGAAGCCAUCAUCCUUUUAACUCUUUAUAAUGCUGCUUUAUUUUUGUGUCCCAUAGUAAAAGUCCACCCAGCUUUUAAAUGAUUAUAGAAACAUACUGUAACUGGAGCGCAGCAGGGAGUGUUUGCAUUGCCACAUAAUGAAUCUCACUCAUUCUCUGAUACAGCAGAUGAAGAUAAAAGUUAUUAAUCCCCAAACUGGAACAGCAAGUGUAUAUAAAUAUACAAAUGUGACUUUAUGGCUACUGGGGUCAAAAUGUUUGGGAUAGUGGGAUGUUUCCCAGGAUGCCGUGCAGGCCUUACCUUGUUUAUUUUCUAGGAGUGCGUAUGUGUGUGUGUGUGUGUGUGUUUUUGGCAGAAGGACUCGCAUCAGUCCACUGUCAUGCCCAGUGAGCUUUACUGUUCUCUUAUUUUAUACGUAAUGCUGUAUCGUUUUUUGUUUCUUAUAAUCUACAUACUGGCUAAAAUAGAAUAAAACUGUGACCGUAACAUGU